GAAGUUUAUAAGGCCAUGGAGGUUAGGGUUUUUACGUCUCGUGUAGUGGCGGCCUAAGCUCCAUAGCAGCUCUCACUCUAAGCUCCGAAGCCCUUUCUCACAUUCGAAGCGCCUCCUCGUUCUGUCACCAUGGGGAAGACACGUGGAAUGGGAGCUGGUCGUAAGCUUAAGUCCCACCGCAGAAGGCAAAGGUGGGCUGACAAGUCAUACAAGAAGUCCCACCUUGGCAAUGAAUGGAAGAAACCUUUUGCUGGAUCCUCACAUGCUAAGGGCAUUGUUCUUGAAAAAAUUGGUAUUGAGGCUAAGCAGCCAAACUCCGCUAUUAGAAAAUGUGCUCGAGUUCAGCUGAUUAAGAACGGGAAGAAGAUUGCAGCUUUUGUACCAAAUGAUGGUUGCUUGAACUAUAUUGAGGAGAAUGAUGAAGUGCUGAUUGCAGGAUUUGGACGAAAGGGGCAUGCUGUUGGUGAUAUUCCCGGAGUCAGGUUUAAGGUUGUGAAGGUAUCAGGGGUGUCUCUUUUGGCCCUCUUCAAGGAGAAGAAGGAGAAGCCAAGGUCUUGAACCACCUCCUCUAUAGCCUAUAUAAUCUGUUGUUUUCCAAUUUUGAGUUAAGAGAGCAGUGUCACCCCCUUGAGACAAAUUAGAUGCUUGUUUAUGUUCUAAAUGGAAUCUAGCUUCCCUUGAUAUUAAUUAGAUAUUUUUUUUUUUUGUCAUCAUAAACUGAAGGAUAUUGUGGUUAUUUCUUAUCUUUUUCUUUGCAAUGCCACCAUGGUUCUGAUUUUUUUUAACGCGUUUGAAGCUUUGAUUGUAAA